UUCUUACUUUCUUUCAAAAGCCCUCAACUCUCUCUCUCUCUCUCAAAUCAUACGGAGUGGAGUAGUUGAGUAAAUAAAAGGAUUGAGUAAUAAUAAUAAGGAGGCAGUCGGGAAUUAAAGACGAUGAUUGAAAUAUUAUUGAGUGUGAUAUUCUUUGAGAUGGGAUUGAUCUUGAUAUUUGUUUUCAAAACCCCGCUAAGGAAACUUGUUAUCAUGGGUUUGGAUCGGGUCAAACGUGGUCAAGCCCCCCUUGUAAUUAAAGCUGUCGGAUCAACUAUCUUUGUGCUCAUGCUCUCUACUCUUUACAGUUUCUUUCAGAUCCGCAAUGAUGAAGGCGCCGGCGAACUUACUCCCACCGAUCAGAUUCUGGCCGCCCGGCACCUUCUUGAUGCUUCUCUCAUGGGAUUCUCCUUGUUUCUUGCAUUAAUGAUUGACAGACUCCACCAUUACAUCAGAGAACUCCGAAUAAGAAGAAAAAACAUGGAAGCGAUCAAAAAACAAAACCGGAUCAUUGAAAAUGGCAAAACUGGAAGCCAAGAUGAACUCAAAGCUUUAGCGGGUCAAGUAACCACCCUAAAAGAAAGAGUUACACAUCUCGAGUCUGACCUAGAUGAAAAGACAAAAGAAGCAAGCACCGCAGAAGCCAAUGUAGAUGCUUUGAAGAAGCAAUCUGAAGGGUUUCUUUUCGAGUAUGACCGUCUACUUGAGGAAAACCAAAACCUUAGAGCACAGUUGCAGUCAUCAGAUCGAAGAUAGUCAAAAUUGUGAUAACAACAAGGUUACUGAAGAUUUUAUUAAUACAAUUCUCUAAUCUAAUGCCCCUUCUCUUUUGUUUUUCCUUUUAUAUUAUUGGUUUGUGAAUUUUGUGCUUCUUGUAAUGGUGACAUCCUUAUAAUUUUGUUUGGUUUUGUGAUAAACAAAAAAAAGUGGCAGAAACUAGUUAUAGGUAAAAGGGAAAAUACCAGUUGGUUUGUACAAGGAAUGAUUUUCGCACAGAAAUGGAAGUUUACUUUUCUCAA